AUGUAUCAGUUUGCCUCCCUUUUCUUCUCUUUCUCUAUUUCCCUCCUCCUUUUUUUUUGCUUUUUGAAAUUGACGAAAGGGACGCUGCGUGUUGUCCCUUCGGGCUUGUGCUCGCGGUACUGUUUUGCUCGCGGGUCUGCGGGAAUUAUAAUGAAAAGUCUUCACUCGCCCCCAUUACAGGAGUCACAAUCAUCGCGUGAGAUUAUGGUCUCUCGCACACUCGACCCGGCUUUGCUGAAUGUUGUACCGCCACUGCGCUUUGCCAUCGUGGAGGAAGGAGUUUACAGGGGUGCAUACCCCACAUUGCGGAAUUUUCCGUUUCUCCGCAGUCUUGGGCUCCGCACUAUUGUGUCGUUAACUCCGGAGGAGCCUACUUAUGAUCUCUCCAGGUUUGCCGCCGCUGAAGGCAUCACCAUUCGUCAUAUACAAGUAGAACAGAAUAAGGGUGAGGCACAACUGAUGCCCACAGAUAUGAGCGAGGUUUUACAGAUGCUUGCGGAUGCGGAACAGCAUCCCUUGUACAUUCAUUGUCUUGAUGGUAGACACACAACGGGGUUGGUGGUGAUGGGACUUAGAAAGCUGCAGCACUGGAGUGUGAAUUGCAGUCACAUGGAGUAUCAAAGAUUUGCGUGGAACGUACAAGACGAGGUUGCAUUUAUUGCGGACUACAGUGGGCCUGUUGUUGUUCCAAAGGUAAUUCCCUCGUGGUUGUGGAACGGUUCGUGGUGCGAUGUAUCGGGAAGGCCGAAACGACUGCACACUGGUAUUCGCCUCAAGUUCCCCUCUGUUGCUCGCGAUGGUCUACCUUCGGUGGAGGAAUCUACAAACCCAACAAAGACAACAGAGUUGAAUGUGGCACUCCCACUGCACACGUCACCCUCCGCCGAGGGCAGGGCCACGUAUGUGAAUGUGGAAAAUGUUGAGCCGGCACGCCCUGUCUUCACUGCUGGCUUCGGAUCUUAUGGUGCCGCGUAUGCAAUUCAAAUCGAGAGGCGCCUCGCUGCGGAUGUGCGUUCCCUUUCACUCCGUGCGUCUGUAGAUACUGCCCUGAUGCCGCACCAAGGCACAAAUGAGAAGUACCCACGCUCCGGUCCCCUUCAGAACAGUGGAUCGACUGGUGUUGUGGCAGAUACAGGUUCCAGUUGCGGAAAUGUAGUGGGUGACAGUGGUUUACUGGGAUGCGGCGACACUCAACAGGUGAGUUACAUGGAGGCGGCUGAGGAAGCAAAUGGUUCCCAACAUGUGCGGCAAUGUAUACCUCAUGGUGUGUUUCACUCUUUGUCGCGUAAUUUCGGUGAAGAGAACCCUCCUGCAUUGCUUCCGAAGCAAUGUACCCGUGCGUGCUGUGCGCUUCAAUUCUUAGUCGCAGAAAGAGGGGAAGGCAUUGUGCCCGCGGGUGAGGGUGGUGGGAAUGCGAAGAAGUCAAGGCGCAGGAAUUCCGUUUGA